AUGGCGGCAACUUCUACGCAGCCCGAGGCGCCGGCCGCCGCUGCUGACCCAACCAUUGUCGCUCUUCGGAAGACGCUCUGCGACGAGGCAACACCGCUUCCUAUCCGCUUCCGGGCCUUGUUCUCGCUCAAGCACCUGGCCAAGCAGGCCUCGGACGCCGCGGCCUCGGACGCCGCCUCGGCAGCCACGGCGCAGGCGGCCAUCGAUGCCAUCGCCGCGGCCUUUGGCUCGCCCUCGGCCCUGCUGAAGCACGAGCUGGCUUACUGUCUGGGCCAGACCGGCAACGUGGGCGCGGCCGGCCCGCCUCUGCGCCGCCUGGGCGCGCUGGGCCACGCAUCGGACCUGGCCAUGCUGCGGGCCUUCCGCGAUCGUCCGGGCGAAGAGGUCGUCAUCCGCGAGACCUGCGAGAUCGCCAUCGACCGGAUCGAGUGGGCCAACAACGCGACGCUGCGCAGCCACGAGACGCUGCGCCAGAGCGAUUUUGCCUCCAUCGACCCGGCGCCGCCGUUGUCAGCCGAAAGCACAGACGGCGCCGCCACCAUCGACAAGCUGGCCGCCACGCUGCUAGACACGGCCCAGCCCCUGUUCCUCCGCUACCGUGCCAUGUUUGCGCUGCGCGACCUUGCCUCGCCGCCCGAUCUGCCGACCGCCGUGCCGGCCGUCCAGGCGCUCGCCCGCGGCUUCGCCGACGCGUCCGCCCUCUUCCGCCACGAGAUCGCCUUUGUCUUUGGCCAGCUGUCCCACCCGGCGUCGAUCCCGGCGCUCACGGCCGCGCUGAGCAACCUGGACGAGGCCGGCAUGGUGCGGCAUGAGGCUGCCGAGGCGCUCGGCAGCCUGGGCGACGAGAAGGGCGUCGAGGACACGCUCAGACUCUUCCUCCACGACAAAGAGCCGGUCGUGCGCGAGAGCGUCCUGGUGGCCCUCGACAUGGCUGACUACGAGCAGGGCGGCCAGGCAGAGUAUGCCUUGAUUCCAGAGACGGCACAGGCCGCCUCCUAG